AUGUCGGUAUGAAAUGAUUUGGGUUGGAAACAGCAUGGUCCUGCUUGCUGGACUCCAUUACUGAAUCUGAAAAUGGCGAAGCUUAUGCGUGCGGUUCGGUACAGUGCCUAUGGCGGAGGACCUUCUGGCUUGAAGCAUGAAGAAGUUGGGAUUCCCAGAGCCAACAAAGAUGAGGUUUUGAUAAAAGUGGAAGCUGCUAGUUUGAAUCCAUUUGAUUGGAAAGUUCAGAAAGGCUUUUAUCGCCCACUUUUUCCUCGCAAGUUUCCCCACAUUCCUGGAUUGGAUGUAACAGGAGAGGUUAUUGAGGUUGGCUCAGGGGUUCAAAAGUUCAAGCCUGGUGAUUCAGUUGUGUCUUGGAUUAACUCCUUUAAUGGUGGUGGGCUAGCUGAGUUUUGUGUUGCUAAAGAGAGUGUCACAGCAUUAAGGCCACAUGAAGUCUUAGCUUCAGAAUGUGUAGGCUUACCUGUUGCUGGUCUCACAGCUCACCAGGCAAUCAUCCAAGCUGGGAUCAAACUCGACGGAAGCGAUCAUUACCGGAAGAACAUUUUGAUAACUGCAGCAUCCGGUGGUGUAGGUCACUAUGCCGUUCAACUGGCAAAAAUGGGAAACACUCAUGUGACAGCCACAUGUGGAGCUCGCAAUAUUGAACUAAUCAAAAGCUUAGGAGCUGAUGAGGUUAUUGACUAUAAGACCACAGAUGGUGCUGCAUUGAAGAGUCCAUCAGGUCAGCAAUAUGAUGUUGUGAUACAUUGUGCAAUGGGGAUUCCAUGGUCCACGUUUGAGCCUAACUUGAGUACUCAUGGGAAGGUUAUAGAUAUAACGCCUACUCUCAGUGGAUUGAUGACAUUUGUUCUAAAGAAACUUAGCUUUUCCAAGAAGCAACUUGUGCCUAUGGUAAUGAUUCCAAAAGGUGAAAAUCUUCAAUACCUGGUUGAUUUGGCCAAGGAUGGGAAACUUAAGACUGUAAUAGACUCUAAAUAUCAUUUAAGUAACGUUGAGGAUGCUUGGGCUAAGAUUAUGGAUGGCCAUGCUACUGGGAAGAUCAUUGUGGAGUACUAGAUGUGUAUUAGGGCACUCUAUAGUGCAGCAAUCACAUGUGAUGUGAUUUGAAGUGCCUGCAAAUAUUAGAAAUAAAAUGAACUAAAUUGAUGUGGUUUCUUGUUGUGCUGGUCUCUAAGAUUGAGUGUUUUUCUUCUUGUUUUUUUCCCCAAGAGAAAUUGUGUAAUGAUGUGCUCUUAGUUAGAAAAUAAAGUGCCUUGUACCUUGCGAUGGUAUUGUUGUUC